UCAAGCUCAGCCCCCUCGUAUCACCUUCUACCUUUCGCGCCUUCCUGUUCUCGCUCAGUUUCUCUUCUCAGUUCUCAGUUUUGCUCUUCCUUAUGUAAUCUUCAGGUCUCCAAAGCUGCCGGAGUUUAUUGCAGGUAUUCUUAUGUAAUUCCGGUGUUUAAUUUAUUGGCCUUUCAAGCUCUUGUUCUCUUUCAGUUUCUGUUACACUCAAUCCUUCUCGGAGCCAUUAUUUGAACCGAAUAUUGGAGUUGUAAUUUCGUCAUGUUUUGAUGGAGUCUUCAUCGUUCCUCACUAGGUUUACUACGUGAACUCAACUUGCCCCUAAUGCCAUACUGUUGCUUGUUGUUACUAGCAUUGCGUUUUAGAGAUGAUACGGGGACGGCCCUGUAAAUAUUACCUCUCUGUGAACUUCAGGAAUCUGGUGACGACUUGUACAGUCCCACUUGAUCCUCCAGUUACUUCGAGUUCCUCUUCUGCUAGCGAACACAAGACUUUGUGCUAUUCCUUAGUGGAGCAACUAAUUCGUCGUGGCUUGUUUUUGCCGGCGCAACAAGUGAUACAACGAAUUGUAACGCAAUCUUCUUCAAUUUCUGAAGCUAUUUCUAUUGUUGACUUCGCUGCUGAACGGGGUUUGGAGCUUGAUUUGGAUACCCAUGGUGUGUUUUGGCGGCAGCUUGUCUAUUCUAGGCCCCAGUUGGCUGAACUGCUGUACGACAAAAAAUUUACAUUCAGAGGUGCUGAGCCAGAUGCGUCAGUUUUGGACUCUAUGGUAAUCUGUUUCUGUAGGCUAGGAAAAUUUGAGAAGGCACUGGCCUAUUUUAAUCAACUUCUGUCGUUAAAUUAUGUCCCAAGUAAAACUUCAUUUAAUGCUAUCUUUCGAGAGCUUUGUGCGCAAGAAAGGGUUUUAGAGGCAUUCGACUAUUUUGUGAGAGUCAAUGGAGGUGGUGUUCACUUGGGUUAUUGGUGUUUUAAUGUCUUGAUAGAUGGGCUAUGCAAUAAGGGGCAUAUGGAGGAAGCUCUUGAAUUAUUUGAUAUAAUGCAAAACACUAAUGGUUAUCCUCCGUCGCUGCAUUUGUUUAAGUCAUUGUUUUAUGGCCUUUGUAAGAGAAAGUGGUUAGUGGAGGCAGAGUUGUUGAUCAGAGAAAUGGAGUUUCGGAGCCUAUAUCCUGACAAGACUAUGUAUACUUCUUUAGUUCAUGAAUAUUGCAAAGAUAAGAAAAUGAAAAUGGCAAUGCAAGCCUUUUUUAGAAUGAUAAAAAUAGGCUGUGAACCAGAUAAUUAUACAUUAAAUACACUGAUCCAUGGGUUUGUGAAAUUGGGUUUAGUCGAUAAGGGUUGGUUGGUAUAUAACCUUAUGGCAGAGUGGGGAAUCCAACCUGAUGUGGUAACUUUUCACAUCAUGAUUAGUCAGUAUUGUCAAGAAGGGAAGGUUGACUUUGCAUUAACGAUUUUGAAUAAUAUGGUCAGCUGCAACUUUUCUCCUAGCUUGCAUUGUUACACAGUUUUGAUUAAUGCACUGCAUAGGGAUGAUAGGUUAGAAGAAGUCAGUGAAUUGCUUAGGAGUAUCUUGGACAAUGGAAUUGUACCUGAUCACGUGCUUUUCUUUACCCUUAUGAAGAUGUAUCCAAAGGGACAUGAACUUCAGCUUGCUUUAAAUUUUUUGGAAGCCAUUUUAAAGAAUGGGUGUGGGUGUGAUCCUUCUGUAAUCUUAGCCAGUACAAAGUUACAAACAUCAAGCAAUCUGGAGCAAAAAAUUGAAACGCUGCUGCAAGAAAUUUUCAAUAGCAACUUGAAUCUAGCAGGUGUGGCAUUUAGUAUUGUCAUUUGUGCCUUAUGUGAGACCGAAAAUUUGGAUUGUGCUUUGGAUUACUUCCAUAAAAUGGCAAGUCUUGGAUGCAAGCCUUUGCUCUUUACUUAUAAUUCCUUGAUUAAAUGUCUUUGCAAGGAGGGGCUUUUUGAGGAUGCCUUGUCUCUAAUUGAUCAUAUGCAGGAAUGUAGUUUGCUUCCUGAUACCACAACAUAUUUGAUUAUUAUUAACGAGCAUUGUAGGAAGGGUAAUGUUAGCUCAGCACAUUAUAUUCACAGAAAAAUGAGGCAGAGGGGAUUGAAACCGAGUGUUGCUAUUUAUGAUUCAAUAAUUGGUUGUUUAAGUAGGAAAAAGAGAAUUUUUGAAGUAAAAGGAGUUUUUAAGAAGAUGCUUAAAGCGGGUGUGGAUCCGGAUAAGAAUUUGUAUUUGACAAUGAUUAAUGGCUAUGGUAAAAAUGGAAAGCUUCUUGAAGCUCGUAAAUUGUUUGAGCAAAUGGUUGAGAACUCUAUUCCACCAAGCUCUCAUAUUUAUACGGCACUGAUUAGUGGUUUGGUUAAAAAAAAUAUGACUGAUCAAGGAUGUUUAUAUCUGGGCAAGAUGUUAAGAGAUGGGUUUUCACCUAAUUCUGUAUUGUAUAGCUCUCUUAUCAAUCAUUACCUAAAGAUCGGGGAGGUUGAAUAUGCCUUUCGAUUAGUUGAUUUGAUGGAAAGGAGCCACAUUGAACCCGAUGUUAUCUUCUAUAUCACAUUAGUCAGUGGUAUUUGCAAAAAUUUAAUUGUCGACAAGAAAAAAUGGUUCCUGCUAGAGAAAGAGAAUCAAAAGGCAAAAAGUACGUUGUUUCGUAUGCUCCAUGAAACAACUCUUGUUCCAAGGGAUAAUAAUAUGAUAGUUUCUGCUAAUUCUACUGAAGAAAUGAAAUCCUUGGCAUUGAAGCUUAUCCAGAAGGUUAAAGAUGUAUGCAUUGUACCUAACUUGCAUCUAUACAAUAGCAUAAUAUGUGGAUAUUGUCGGACAGAUAGGAUGCUGGAUGCCAAUCAUCAGUUGGAAUUGAUGCAAAAAGAAGGGUUGCAUCCAAACCAGGUUACUUUCACGAUUCUUAUGGAUGGUUAUAUUCUUGCAGGUGAUGUUAACUCUGCCAUUGGGUUGUUUAAUAAGAUGAAUGUAGAUGGGUGUAUUCCAGAUGAAGUUGCAUACAACACUUUACUGAAAGGCCUUUCCCAAGGAGGGAGACUUUCUGAUGCAUUGGCACUCCACGUACAAUGCAUAAAAAAGGGUUUUCCCCAAGUAUACUAGGUUAUCGUAAUUUUGUGAGGAAUUGAUGCAUGGUAAACUCUUGCCUCACUGGAAAAGAUGAUCGGCCGUCUACAUCCUGUGUGGAGAAAAUCAUUGCAGGAAGCCUGUUUUGCUUUUAAUAUAAAGCUUGAGAGGAGCACACAUAAAAAGAAAAACCAAAUAGGUAUUUGGUGGAUUCAUGGAUGAAAUUAGAUGGGUCAUCAUGGUAUAAAAUGCAUAUCAAGACAGACUCAGACAUGACACAAUCAUUGAAAACGGAGAUGUUCAUUUGUAGCUGUUUGACUUUAGCAAGAUCCUUGUCUGCAACACUUUCCCAUGGAAAUCUUGGAAUUUGCAAUGUAUAGAGGAAGAAUGUAGAAAACCUAUUCUCCAAGCGGAGUGAAUGGGACCUCUGUCUGGCAACAAUAACUGCCUUGCAAAUGAAAUUUUUGACGGUGAAAGGCGAUACCUCCAUUGAAUUGCUUGUAACACGGUAACCUUUCCAGUCAUUCUCUGGCUAGUUGAUGAACAAGGAGGUAAGCUUUGUGGAAAACUGUUCGAGAUUACUCCUUCCACGGCCUUCCCAAUUCUGUAGAAUAACUGCAGCAUUGCCAAAUAUAAAAUCUACAGUGCCGUAAAUAUAACACUACUUAUAGAGCUGUCUUCGAAAAUGGACAUGAAGGGUUUCUUGAUACCCUUGAAAGGCACAACGGUAGAAGACAGAAAGAUCUGCGCCAGAUCGGAGAGCAAUUGCUUGAUGGUUUCCAGGACCAGUGGUGUUCCGGAAUGUGAUGCCUCGGGCUAUAAAUCCUUCACCUGUCACCGCUGAUUGUCUCAGAGUACAAGAAAGGAGAAAAGGAGAAAAUUUCAAGCACCAUGCCUUGGAAUGGAAGAAAAGUAAUUCUAGACGAUAAAGUUGCCAGGUAGAGUUGAUGGACUUGGAACGAGAAAAAUAUGUAGGUCGACAUGUUAUAAUGUCAUUAUAAUGGAGGAAAAUGAGCUUAUAAGCAGUAGUCAACCCAGAGAGAGUCUUACCAACAGUAGCAGAAUUGAAAGGGGUGGAACCUCCUCCUAUGUUACCAGUAAUGAAGCUUCCUCUAGAGCCUCUCCUACUAUCUUCUGGUUACCCGACCUGUCCUGAGCCACCUCAAGGUCCGACUUUGUUGAUGACUGCAGUAUGUUUCCUUCCCCAGGCCAGCUGAAGCAUUGUUAAUAGCCAAGCUGUUGCUUAUCAGCUUUGUGACAUUGUUCGAUGUGAUCAGCGGCAAUACAUAAUCCGAAACAUUAAGCUCAGCAAGCCCUGUGCGGCAUGUUUCAAGGUUUGUUAGGGCAGUACUGAGCCAGGCUUGGAUAUCAAACAAAGUACAUUUAGUAGAUGAAUCUAGAGCGUUGUUGAGCUGAAGGAUGGUGUUUCGGUAGAGCUUCAAGCAAUCAGCCAAAGCAAGCCUUUUCCUUCCCAUUUUGGCACUUUGAAUUGACACCCUUGGUGUGGCUUUCGGCACUCAGGGCUCUCUCCAUGGCAGAUUGGAUGACCUUUGGGCGCAGCCUUGCUGCCAUGGUUGAAAAAGUGCUCGCAGGUUGUAGGGUAUGUGGUUUUUCCACACUACCAAUCAAUGUCAUUAGAGGCUUGCUUGGGAAAGGCUGGUGAAGUCAGUAAAAAGAACUAAGAAACAAGAGCAUCCCGAGACUACUCUCCAUUGAAAGACCAGACCUUCCUUUCUUUGAUGAUGCUAUGCUAGCUCACUCAGGUUUGGUUACGUGGGAAAGAAGAGACAGGUUGGCUGAGUUUGAACAUGGAGAAAAUAAUGCAGUUUCAAUGAUCAAAGUCCGAAACUUCCAUUCAUGUGUCAAACAUAUAUCUGCACCAGAACUCCUAACUUAGUUCUUCAAAAGAAGUACAUGUCAAUCAUCGUUACACUAUGUUCAACUUAUAGAAUUAGAAUUAAAUUAUUUUUUUGACAUUCAUGCUAGUAGUUGGACCUGUAUUGAAACUAUGCUCUUUUGUGGCUUUGUGGAACGUAACAACGUUGUUGGAAGAUGCGUCUGUUUCUCA